AUUUCCUUACAUCUCUGUAGUGUUUUUGUUAAUUUACACUUAAAUAAGGCUGUUUUAGUUUAUAAGUACUGAAUUUGUCAAGUUUCUGCGCCAGAACGACCAAUGAGCGCCACCCAGUAGAAGUUCGUGAGGUCUAUAAAAGCAACCGGCUAUGCCGGGGAGGGCUCAUUGUCGUGCUAGCGCUCGAACCGAAAACACCAUAAGCGGAAGCUCUGUCCAAACUGGUAGCCAGUAAGCUAUGUAACGAAUAAAAGUGUUGUGUUCAAAAUCAAGUAUUGUGUUAUUGUGAUACUUCAGAAGUGAGAUCAGAACCAAGAACCACAAUGUCUCCUGAGCCUGAUAACCUUCGGGUAUCUCGAGAGGAGUCCAGACAAACUCCAGAGAGAAAGUCAAGGCGUCGAAACCGUUCCAACGAUACCGAAACCAGCACCGACUCUUCCAUUGAAAGAGAGCGUCGCCGAAAGAAGCGGCAGCGCCGGCGUCGUAGGCGUACCAGAUCUUCGUCUCCAGAGUCGAACCAGAGACCGUCAACAUCUCGCCAGUCAAAUGCUGCCCUGUCGCCUGAAGAUAUGGUGAAGAUUUUAUCGGUCUUACAAGGAAUGCCAAGUAAGAGUACAUUGUCAUUUAAUCAAAAUCUUAACGUUAUACCUGAGUUUGACCCAAAUAACAAGUCCCAAACUACUGAGAGAUGGCUUAACAAAGUCAAUGAAUGUUCUGUAAUAUACGGAUGGGACGAAAGGCAAACAAUGCAUUUCGCUCUACAAAAACUAUGUGGUUUAGCAAAAAAAUGGUAUGAAUCAUUGCCAACUGUUAAUUAUACCUGGGUUGAGUGGCAGGAUAAAUUAAUCAAAGCAUUUCCCAACGAAGAAAACUAUGGCAAACUUUUGGAGGAAAUGCUAUUGCGUGUCUCUCGUCCCGAAGAAAGUCUGAGGGAGUAUUUUUAUGAGAAGUUAUCUUUAGUAACUAGGUGCGAAAUUAGGGGCAGGAAAGCUGUAGAAUGCAUUAUUUAUGGUAUAACAGCUACUUCAAUUCGAAACGGUGCACAAGCUUUGAAAUGUAAUGAACCAGAGGACUUGCUUAACUACCUCGUUUCACAGCAUCCACAGCCACGGACGUUAGCAAGCACUAAUUAUCGUAGGCGUGAUCAUCAAAGGCUAAAUAACUCAUUUAAUGCAUCCAACAGCCCCACAACUAAAACCACCACUGCUAGUCCGACAACAAACAAUCAGUCACAUUGUUUCAAUUGCCAAGAGAAAGGUCAUUUUUUCGAUUCAUGCCCCAAACCUUUGAUCAAGUGUAGGAAAUGCUUUAGAAUUGGCCACGAUUCUGAAAAUUGUAAUCGUAAACCGUUAGCUUCCAUAGGCAACAGUCGAGAGAUUGCUUCUAGCAAAAACAUGAAGAUCAGCUGACUAGAUAGUGAGAAAAACAAAAAGUUCUUCAAACAAACUAUUGUUAAUGGCUCGACGCUUGAGGCAUAUGUAGAUUUUGGCAGCGAUUGUAGCCUUAUCAGGGCAUCUAAUGCAAAAUCUCUUGGGUUAAGUAAACUUAAUGAGUGUGUACCGGUUAUCACAGGUUUUGGCAACUGUCAAACAAGACCUCUUUACAAAGUCAAUGCUAAUAUAAAGUUGGAUGAAAUAGAAGCACAGAUCGAUAUGUUUGUAGUUGAGGAUGAGUACUUACAGACUCCAUUGCUCAUAGGCCAAAACUUCACAGAGUUACCUUCCAUCACUGCCCUGAAAAAUAGCGAUGCCUUGUACUUUUACAGUUGUCCUAAUAGUAGUGAAAUCACUGACAGCGACAAAACGUUUAAGCUAAUUGUUUUGCAAGACACAUGUUUAACAGAAAACGGUUUAAUUGAAGUUUAUACCAAGGAACCGUAUUCUGGAGAUAUUUACAUUGAAGGAGGUACUCGAACAAACCCAGACCAAGAAUAUCAUUUACAUGGUGGAUGCUAUAAAUUAGAGAAUAGUAAAGGAGUUAUAUUCAUUACCGUGCUAAAUAAACCCCCCCUUGAGUUUAAGGCAGAAUAUUCAAUAGCUAGAGCAAGGCCAGCCACUGAAUUAAAAUGUCUUCGCGUUAAUACACGCUCGGGCUAUGUAUAUCCACCAUUAGAUAAAAAUGAGAUCAGAACGGGUGAAUACUUAGAUAAUAAAACUAAAGACAGGCUUGAUAAGCUAUUGGAACGUUAUAGAGACUGUUUCGCUACAAAUUUACAAGAAUUAGGUUGCACAAGUGAGGCUGAGAUUAAAAUUCAAUUGCAAGAUAGUAACCCUGUUGUAUAUAGGCCGUAUCGUCUAUCUUUUUCUGAAAGAGAGAAGGUUAGGGAAAUGGUAGGUGAUCUUUUGCAAAAUGACAUUAUUCAGGAAUCUCAAUCUGAUUAUGCAAGUCCCAUAUUGCUAGUGAAAAAGAAAAAUGGAGAGCAACGUUUGUGUAUAGAUUACCGGGCUCUCAAUAAUAAGACCACAAAAGAUAAAUAUCCAUUGCCCAUAAUAGACGACCAAAUCUCUAUCCUGAGUGGUAAUAAAUAUUUCACUACCCUUGACCUGGCCUCUGGCUACUAUCAAAUACCCGUUGCGGAAAGUAGCAAACAUUUGACGGCAUUCGUAACGCCAGAUGGCCAUUAUGAGUUCAAAAGAAUGCCGUUCGGUUUGGCAAACGCCCCAGCGGUUUUCCAAAGAAUGAUAAAUAAGAUACUUGGUGCGCGGCGGUUUACAUAUGCUUUAGCGUACAUGGAUGAUUUGCUAAUUCCAUCAGCAACGAUAAACGAGGGAUUUGAACGCCUUGAAGAGGUAUUACAAUUAUUACAACAGGCGGGGCUCACCUUAAAGUUGCAGAAGUGUAGCUUCUUUGACGAAACAAUAGAAUAUUUAGGAUAUGAAAUAUCAGCAUCAGGGAUAAGACCUAGUGAAAGGAAGAUAUUAGCUGUUAAAGAUUUCCCAGCUCCUCGUAAUGUGCAUGAGGUAAGACAAUUUUUAGGACUUGCCAGUUAUUUUAGGAAGUUUGUGAAGGGUUUCGGAGAAAUAGCAAGACCGCUGACUAAUUUACUAAAAAAAAACUCGGUAUGGCAAUGGACAGUGACUGAAAUUGAUGCUUUCAAUAGCCUUAAAUCGAAAUUAGUUGAUAGGCCUGUUUUAGCACUCUAUGACCCAAAAUUAGAAACAGAAUUACAUACUGACGCCAGUUCAUUAGGGUUAGGCGGUAUUCUGAUGCAAUGGCAAGGUAACCCCCGAACGCUUAAGC